AUGAAGCGGUUUCUCUCGAAAUUAAAACGGGCCUUCCGGCCUGGCAAACCACGCCCCCUACCACCCCUCGCCUUUCAACCCACGACCGAUACCUCCUUGAGCAUUGCACAUGAACCUUCUCGGCUUGAGAGACUUCCGCCUGAACUCCGACGGAUGAUAUUGUCAUUCAUGAGUCUUCGAGACCUGAGCACGAUGAAUCUGGUAUGCCGCACUUUUUACGAACAGUAUAAACUUGAUCGCACAUUUCUGCUGCGGCAUUGCCUCGAAAAUACACUGGAAAAUGUCACAGUGGACGCAUGCUCCGCAUACUGGUCGGGCAAAUUGGAACUUCACUGUGGCAUCUCACUUGAGAAAACAUCCGGUUUCUUCGAAUCCUAUCGAAACAGGCUGUCUGCCUCUCAGCAGUCAUUAAUAUUCCCAGAAAAACUCAGUGAAAGGGUCCUGAAAGAUAUGAUCAGAUUUCAUUAUAUGGUCUGGAAUACGGCAAAGCUUUACGCAACCACCACAAUGGCGAAUCUUGCUGUUGAAACCAAUGAGCCACAGAGUGUUUCUCCAAGCAACACUGAAGAAACCCGUAUUGUACGUGCUCUUUACCGAUUCCAGGUAUGCUGCAACAUUUUUGGUAAAGGGUAUGAGCGAUGGCGUGCUAGUGAUUUUCGUUCCAUUGAGUCUAUUGAUAUUUCAGUGAUGUAUUUUGACCUAUUCGAACCAUGGGAAGUCGAGGAGAUUGCAUGCAUCCAUCAUUUUAUCACCCAGCAAUUCAACCAGAUUUUCGAUGCGAUUUCAUGGGAUGUGAAUGAGAAUAACCCCAAAUUUGCUGAUAGACGCCCUCCAACACCAGUUGGGGCAUUUCAUCUAGAAGAUGACUAUACCAGAGAAGAGCUUUUGGAGGGGGUAAUAUCUUGGGGUCUUGAAUUUUUAGAUAUUGCCCUUUCAAUUAAGAAUCAUGACCACCUUGUCACGGUGAUGCAAGACAACAUCACAUAUGUUUGGGGCAACUUUCUAGGCUUUUUUGGCCCCUUCGGCGAAUCGGCACAAGACAACCUGCGGGAUAACCACCUGUCAUUUCGCCAUGAGAAGCAGGACCGUGCCGAGCCUCUGCCAUUUCAGGGUGACGACGCAUCACUCCCGCCGUAUGCUUGGACAGUAAUUUGGAGCGGAACUUACAGCAAUUACUAUGGAUACUGCAUACGCAGCUCUUUCCGCGAUUGGGGAUAUAUUUUUUGGGAUAAGCAUCGUCUUGCACAUCCCUCUCUGAUAGAGGCGUUUGAAAGCCAAAACUCAUACUAUGAUCCAAGGGCAGAUCAUUGGUAUCAUUUGUUCUAA